UCCCUCCGAUUGCUCAGCACAUGUUUUUCUAGGAAUUUCAGAAUUGUAAUUUAAAGUUUGUUGAUGUGUCUGUGAUCCUCUUAGAUUAGAUAUUAGAUUAAAGACUGGCACAAAAUCAGUCAUCAAAUCUUGACUAAAAUGUUUUAAGGAAAGCGCUGCACUUGGUUUGAGUGAUUUGAGUACAGAAGGAGGAGCGCUCAGCAGGUUCCAUUUAUGCAGAGCGGUUUUAUUAUUUUUUAAAGCAGGUUUCUUAUUAGCUUUUUGGUUGCCUGUGUGUGUGUGUGUGUGUGUGUGUGUGUGUGUGUUUUUAGCUCUGUAUAGAGAGCGAAGUAAUUAGCAUUAAACCAAAAAAUCUCAACAAAUAUUGUGCCAUAAUAAGGUAAAUCAAAGUUCUAAAGAUGGAAAUUGACUUAUAGGACACAGAACUUCUCAUUAAUUGAAAGUAAUUGCAUCUGAAGGAGGUUGUUCCUUUUCAAGCAGGUGUGUUUGAUUUAUCCUCCCUGCCUCAGGAGCAGUCAUGUGAGUCACUUAUGUGCACAAAUGCAGUGAAGUGGUGGGGGGAAAAAAGGACAACAAACAGUCCCAAGCUCUGGAAUUUGGGUGCUAGUUUCUAAAUGUGGCCCCAAAAGAGGGGGAAGGGCAGUAGGAAUUUGUCCCAACUAACUGGAGCAAAGAAAAUCCUCACAAUAGCUGAACUGGACUUGAGCCUUGCAGUGACAGAGAACACACUGCAGGGUGUGAUGCAACUGGGGAGCCUGUUGGAUUUUGUCCUUCAGAAGCAGAGGUAAUGUUGUUCAGGUUUGAUUUUGACAGGGUCUUUGUGUGUGAAGACUGGUCUACAAAAUUUAAGUUAGAUGCACUGUAUAUAUAGGCAAUGUUUCUGAGGCUACAGGAGGGGAAUUUAGGAAUGAAACCAAGUCCCUAUAGUAGUGUGUGGAGGUGUUUCUAUCUGCACAGACUGCUCUCCGCCUGUAUUUUCUUAUUUUCCUCUUAUUGUCUGUGUUUGGAAUAUUUAUGGGCGUGUACCCCCAUGGUGCUCAGCUGAGGUCAGGGCUUUGAACAAGGUAGCGACCAGUGCCGAAAGAAGACCACAGCCUUUGGGUUUUCCUUAAAGUCUGGGCAGAAUGAGGAUGCUGAAGAGAGCGUCUGCACUCAUCCUGAGGAGAGGAAUCACAACCUAUCGGAGCAGACUGGUCAAAAGUGACAGCCUCUUCAGAGUUCAUCCAUCUGUAUCUCAGGCGCUGGCAGAAAACAAACCAGUGGUUGCACUUGAGAGCACCAUAAUCACACAUGGCAUGCCCUAUCCACACAACUUGAGCACGGCGAAGGAGGUGGAGGCCAUCGUGCGAGCUGAAGGAGCCACUCCAGCCACGGUCGGAGUGAUCGAUGGUGAAGUGCAUGUUGGUUUAUCCUCAGAGGAGCUCGACCACCUCGCCCGCUGCAAGAGCUCCCUGAAGGUGUCCCGUCGUGAUCUGCCCUAUGUCAUCAGCAAAGGGCUCUCUGGGGGAACGACAGUGUCAGCCACUAUGAUUGCAGCACACCGAGCUGGCAUCCCUGUGUUUGUCACAGGAGGCAUCGGAGGAGUUCACAGAGACGGAGAGAACAGUCUGGACAUCAGUGCAGAUCUGACAGAGCUCGGCAGGACCCCCAUCGCAGUCGUCUCUGCUGGUGUCAAGUCUAUUCUGGACAUCGGUCGCACCCUGGAGUUCCUUGAGACACAGGGUGUCUGUGUGGCCACUUAUGGAGGGUCGAGGAAUUUUCCAGCCUUCUUCUCUCCACAAAGCGGAUUCAGUUCUCCAUACCAAGUCUGCAACCCUGAGGAGGCAGCAAAACUCAUCGCAAGCACUCUGUCACUGGCUCUCCAAAGUGGUGUCCUGUUAGGGGUGCCCAUCCCAGAGGAGCAUGCAGCAGCAGGCCAGCUGAUUGAGGAAGCCAUACAGGCUGCAGUAACAGAGGCAAGUGAUAAAGGUGUAACAGGAAGAGAUGUGACACCAUUCAUUCUUCAGAAGGUCAGUGAGCUGACUGCAGGAAAGUCCCUUCAGGCCAACAUUGCUCUAAUUCAUAACAAUGCUAAAGUUGGCAGUCAGAUAGCCUGCGCACUGUCAAAACAAACGACCAAGAGAAAGACUCGUCAUCAUGGACAACACUCAUCAGACUCAGAGUCAGAUAUUGUCGUCAUAGGAGGAAUAAAUGUUGAUUUUAUUGCAAAAGGAAGAACCAAAACACUUCAUUUUCGACAGACAAACCCAGGAAGUGUCUGUCAAUCGUUUGGUGGUGUAGGACGGAACAUCGCUGACUCUCUGAGUCGAUUAGGCCAUAAACCCCUGUUCAUCUCAGCUACAGGAGCUGAUUCUCACAGUGAAGCAGUGUUAAAGUACUGUGAACAUAUGAACACGAGUGGUGUGGCCCGACUAGAAGAGCAGCGCACAGCAACUUACUGUGCCGUUAUCACUGAGAGUGGAGAGCUGGGUCUUGGACUGGGAGAUAUGGAUGUUCAUCAGCAGAUCACAGAGCAGUAUGUGUCACAGUUUGAGAAGCAGCUUUCAUCAGCCACUCUUGUAUGUCUCGACGGAAACAUCCCUGUCUCCACCAUCAACUAUGUUUGCUCCAUUGCCAGAAAACACAACAUCAAUGUUUGGUAUGAGCCAACAGAUUCAGAUAAGGCUUGUAAGCCUUUCCUGUCAGACGCCUGGAAGUCUCUGUCGUAUUCAUCUCCAAACCUGGCAGAGUUGUGCACCAUGAACAAAACACUGGGCAUCCCAACACCUGAAGUGCUGCCGAACUCUCUGGAGGAGGUGCUGAGUGUUGCUGUGGCUCUCUCACGCCCCCUACUGGAGCAUCUCCACUGUCUGGUGGUGACUCUGGGGGCGAGUGGAGUGCUGCUGUGCGGAGAGCAUGAUGCAGGCUCGGUCAACCUGCAGCCAAGAAAACAGAAGAGGAGGAGGAAGCUCUGUGCUGUUCACUACCCAGCACUGACUGUGACAGCAGAGGAGACAAUGAAUGUGUCAGGAGCCGGAGAUAGUCUCUCAGGUGCUUUAAUAACUGGUAUCCUUCAGCGGCGAGACACAGACAGCUGUGUUCGGAUGGGGCUCCUGGCUGCACGGCUGUCGUUGGCAUCACCGCACCCCAUCGCCCCCACGCUCACCUUAGACUUUGUGGAUCCCAACAAAGCCCAGACUCAGUGCUGGCCCAAACCCAGCUUCAUGUGGAUAGAUUAAUUAUAUUUUCCCAAAAAAAUGUUGAGGCAUUACUGAAGAAAUUUGUGAAGAUUGGGUCUAUCGUGCCUUAGUCUGUUUGUCAUUUUUAGCCUUAAAGAGGAACACCGCCUAAAUUAAGAACUCUGAUAUGUUAUUUCUGUGGUCUAGGGAAGUUCAAUCAAUAUUUGUGAACAUGAGAAGUAAGUCUCAAACUUGUGAUGUCAUAGGGUAUUAAGUCUGGAGCUGCUCAAUAGACAGUGAAUAGGAGUCUGAUUUUAUGGACCCACAGAAUGUUUUGGGGGGUUUUUAUACCCAAAUUAGCUUUAUUCUGUUGCGGUGAUCUCAGCUCUGACACAGAAAAAGUACACAUAUACUCAGAACAUCCCACUGGGUGCUGUCAGUGUCAUCUAAAACAUCUUUCUUAUUUCAUUGUUUAAGGAGCAGCUCCAGACUUUAUACCCUAUGACAUCACUAAUUUGAGUUUACUCUAUUACUCUAGUUUUUGGAUUAGGGAGACAGUUGUUCAUGUUUACUAAUAUUUUUGGACUGUCUUAGACCAUAGGAAUAACAUGUCCGAAUUUUGAAAAUGGGUGUUGUUCUCCUUUAAAAUAUGUGAUUGGAUUCUUGAGAAAUCAGAAUGUAAGAUAGUAACUUGAGUAAAUGAAUGUAAGACCUAUUUUUCCUAAACUUUGUUUGAAUUCAUGAUUAUAAAUACUUUUAUAACCAUUAUAACAAUGUAUUCUGGUGUUUUUAUUCC